AUGCGGGAUGGGGGUCUUUGCAGCCAGCAGAUCCGGAUUGCUCAUGAAGAGUUUGCAGAGGCACCAGAUCCUCAAGGACUGCAACCGAAGGUGUUAGAAAAUCGAGAAGUAGACCUGAACGGGCUCUAUAAGCUACUCCCGGAGAAUUUCCGUGGGGCCAGAGUCGGCAAUAGAAUGAUGUUUCACAUCGCCGGGGACGAAGGGCACAGGGUGGCCUCGCUGAGAAGGCAGAAGGAGGCAAAAGAUGAAUUGCUUUUUGGACUCAAACAUGGCCAACUGGUUGCUGACAUGGCAGAUAAUACCUUAGGACCUGGUGACUCGGUCAUCUUAGAGUUCGUGAACCAAGGAAGGGAAUGCUGGGAAUGGUCUCGCACGGAAAGUGGAAGUCAGACCCUCAGAGACAAGGCAGGUGGCCUCAGGGGAGUCUGCACUUACGUGGAUGCACCAGCUUGUUCUUCAGAGUCAGUGGCCGAGUAUCCAAGGAAUGUUGUGGAAACGAUAUUCUACAAAUUUGAACUUAGGCCUCCAGAGGCCUUACAGCUUCUACUCUUCUCCUCCUGGAACGUGAUGCUCUGUGAACAAGCCCAAGGUAGCCUCCCUAAUGAUGAGAAACCACAUGGAGAGAGAGGCCGCCGGCACGAGGAAGCCAACUCAUAUCAUGUAGAGCAGAGACGACCCAUCCUACAGCUUUUGCCUAGGGAGCUGCAGGGAAAAGGCAAGUGGAAACCACAGGAGCUCUUUAUCCAGAAGCUCCGAGAGACGCUGAGCUCGCAAACCUCUGGCGCCAACAACUUCUUCAGCAAUUUUGCUGAGUUUGGCAGCCACAGGAGUCGGCUCAGACAUUAUUGCCUCAACUGGGCGUCAGCAGCUUUGGCACAGCUCAAUUCAGACUCUGGGAGCGUUGUAGAGGACAGCAAACCCAAAGGAUGGAAGGAAGAUGAAUCCCUGAGUCACCGCUUGGAGGAGAGCUGCCAGACCUGUUUUGAGUUGCAACAGGCCCCGGUCCGUUCCGUGAGAUGGUUUCCAGGCAUCUCCGAGUGUAAAGGUAGCAUGAUGGCAGCCGACCUUCCAGGGUCCAGCACAACAGAGAGCGAAAGCCACGUGGUGGUUUUGACAAUUGAGCCCUGCCUUGAAGAAGACAAGAAGGGAGUCAAGCCAGUCCAAGAGAGCUCUGGGAUGGCCCCUGGCGAUCCAGAUCCGUCUUCAAUACCAAGGUCUCAGUCAGCAGCCAUUGCCUCACCCACCAGAAAGGGCUGUUUUCCCUCAGAGCUGCAAUUAGCCCAGCUCACGAAGGAUACGCCGAGGCCACUCCUGGCCGCCAACCAUCGCUCCCGCUGUGACACCCUCCAACUGGAGAAGUUCACCGACGAAGAAGGGCAGGAGUACCUCACCCGCUCUUUCCCUCAGGGCUCUGUACAAGCUCCUACUUCUGACAGGAACGUUCUUCCUUCUCAAAUCUUCACUCGGACUCCCAUCCCCAGCUUGAUGCUUCCUGCUUCCCCAGUGAGCCGAGGCCCCUUGAUCGCUGCCUGCUGCCUCAGCUCUGGUCUCCUAGCAACCGUCAGCCUUCACAGUUUGGGAGGUAGAGGUGUCAAAGGGAGCCAGGGUGGCGGAGUCCCAGGAAUUCUUGGCAAGUUGAUCAGCCUCGUCAGAAGCGAUCUCUCGGUGGACCCCACACGAAUCCUCCAGGGACUGGCGGGCAGGAGACAGUGUGCUACAAAGAGGAAUGCUGGAAGGGAAAGUAAAUCAACAAGCUGGGAAGAUGAUGGUUGGGGAGCAUGGGAAGAAACAGAACCCCAAGAACCUGAAGAAGAAGGAAAUACUUGCAAAGCACAAAAAACUUCCUGGCUGCAAGACUGUGUUUUAUCCUUAUCUCCGACCAAUGAUCUUAUGGUUAUAGCUCGAGAGCAAAAAGCUGUUUUUCUAGUGCCAAAAUGGAAAUACAGUGAUAAAGGAAAGGAAGAAAUGCAAUUUGCUGCUGGCUGGAGUGGUUCUUUAAAUGUCGAAGAAGGAGAGUGUGUAACCAGUGCUCUGUGUAUCCCACUAGCAAGCCAAAAGAGGAGUUCCACCGGGCGUCCUGACUGGACCUGCAUCGUGGUGGGCUUUACUUCAGGUUACGUACGCUUCUACACGGAGAACGGCGUGCUCCUGCUCGCACAGCUUUUGAAUGAGGACUCUGUGCUCCAGCUUAAGUGCAGGACCUAUGAAAUCCCACGGCAUCCUGGCGUGACCGAACAGAAUGAAGAGUUGAGUAUCUUAUAUCCAGCUGCCAUUGUGACUAUUGAUGGAUUUAGCCUUUUUCAGUCUCUUCGUGCUUGUCGAAAUCAGGUAGCAAAAGCUGCGGCAUCAGGCAAUGAGAACAUACAGCCACCACCGUUAGCUUAUAAAAAAUGGGGUCUACAAGAUAUCGACACUAUUAUUGAUCAUGCUAGUAUUGGUAUUAUGACUCUGUCCCCGUUUGAUCAAAUGAAGACUGCUUCCAAUGUAGGUGGAUUUAAUGCAGCAAUUAAAAACAGCCCACCUGCCAUGUCUCAGUACAUCACUGUCGGGUCCAAUCCAUUCACUGGCUUCUUCUAUGCUUUAGAGGGAAGCACGCAACCAUUAUUAUCUCAUGUUGCCCUGGCUGUUGCAAGUAAGCUCACUUCGGCUUUAUUUAACGCUGCCAGUGGUUGGCUCGGUUGGAAAAGUAAGCACGAGGAAGAGGUGGUGCCGAAGCAGAAGCCGAAGGUGGAGCCCGCUGCCCCGUUAGCUGUAAGAUUUGGACUUCCAGAUUCUAGACGCCAUGGUGAAAGUAUAUGUCUGUCUCCAUGUAACACGCUGGCAGCAGUAACGGAUGAUUUUGGCAGAGUUAUUUUAUUGGAUGUAGCUAGAGGAAUCGCAAUACGCAUGUGGAAAGGGUAUCGAGAUGCACAGAUCGGUUGGAUGCAAAUCGUAGAGGACCUCCACGAAAGGGUACCAGAAAAGGCGGACUUUUCCCCCUUUGGAAAUACUCAGGGUCCAAGUCGUGUAGCUCAGUUCCUUGUGAUCUACGCACCCAGAAGAGGAAUCUUGGAAGUGUGGGGCACACAGCAGGGGCCUAGGGUAGGAGCCUUCAACGUGGGAAAGCACUGCAGGCUUCUGUAUCCUGGCUAUAAAAUAAUGGGCUUAAAUAAUGUCACCAGUCAGAGCUGGCAGCCACAGACUUACCAGAUCUGUCUUGUUGAUCCAGUGUCUGGAAGUGUGAAAACAGUAAACGUUCCUUUCCAUUUAGCACUGAGCGACAAGAAGUGUGAGCGAGCCAAGGACAUGCACCUAGUGAAGAAACUGGCGACCCUGCUGAAAACAAAACCUCCCAAUCUCGAUUUGGUUGAAACAGAAAUAAAGGGAUUAAUUCUUGAUAUUAAGUAUCCUGCAACGAAGAAACAAGCUUUGGAAAGCAUUUUGGCGAGUGAACGUUUACCAUUUUCCUGCCUUAGAAACAUCACUCAGACUUUAAUGGACACUUUAAAAAAUCAAGAACUGGAGUCUGUGGAUGAAGGAUUGCUACAGUUUUGUGCCAAUAAACUGAAACUACUCCAUCUUUAUGAGUCUGUCAGUCAGUUAAAUUCCCUUGAUUUUCAUUCAGACACACCAUUCUCAGAUAAUGACUUGGCUGUGUUACUGAGGCUUGAUGAAAAAGAACUGCAUAAGCUCCAGGCAUUACUAGAGAAGUACAAACAGGAAAAGUCCAGAACUACUACCGUCCGAUUCUCUGAUGAUAAGGAUGGUGUGUUGCCUGUAAAAACAUUCCUGGAAUAUUUAGAAUAUGAGAAAGAUGCGAUCAACAUCAAAAAGAUGAGUGAAGAGGAGUAUGUGGCUUUAGGCAGCUUCUUUUUUUGGAAGUGUUUGCAUGGAGAAAGCUCUACUGAGGAUAUGUGUCGUACAUUGGAGUCAGCUGGACUUAGCCCUCAGCUGUUGUUGGCUCUGCUGCUAAGUGUUUGGCUUUCCAAGGAAAAAGAUAUUUUGGAUAAACCGCAGUCUGUGUGCUGUCUUCACACGAUGCUGUCCCUCCUGAGCAAGAUGAGAGUGGCCAUCGACGAGACCUGGGACUCCCAGUCUGUGUCCCCGUGGUGGCAGCAGAUGCGGACGGCUUGUGUUCAGUCUGAGAACAACGGGGCCGCCCUGCUGUCUGCACACGUCGGCCAUUCCGUUGCCGCACAGAUCUCGAACAGUCUGACUGAGAAGAAAUUUUCCCAAACAGUCUUGGGUGCUGAUUCCGAGGCCCUCACCGACUCCUGGGAGGCCCUCUCUCUUGACACCGAGUACUGGAAGCUCCUGCUGAAACAGCUGGAGGACUGUCUCAUACUUCAGACACUACUUCACAGCAGGGCAAACACGCCAACCUCCAAAGUGUCAUCGCUGCAGGCUGAGCCCCUCCCGAGGCUUUCUGUCAAAAAGUUAUUGGAAGGAGGAAAAGGUGGCAUUGCAGACAGUGUAGCCAAGUGGAUAUUUAAACAGGACUUCAGCCCUGAGGUGUUAAAACUGGCUAAUAAGGACAGAGAUGCAGAAAACCCAGAUGAACCCAAAGAAGGUAUUAACAGAGGUUUAUAUGAGGUGCCAGAGGUGGAGACGAACCUCGGAACUAUACCAGACUUGCUGCAUUCAGCCUAUAGGCAGUUUCCCUGUAGCCUUGAGCUAGAUGUGCUCUACGCGCAUUGUUGUUGGGAGUAUGUUGUUCAAUGGAAUAAAGACCCAGAGGAAGCACGUUUUUUCGUUAGGUCAAUAGAACACUUGAAGCACAUUCUUAAUGCACAUGUUCAGAAUGGUAUUGCACUGAUGAUGUGGAAUACAUUCUUGGUUAAAAGAUUUUCUGCUGCUACAUACUUGAUGGAUAAGGUUGGAAAAUCACCAAAGGAUAGGUUAUGCCGAAGGGAUGUGGGGAUGAGCGACACGGCAAUGACCUCUUUCCUCGGCUCCUGCUUGGAUCUUCUUCAGACUUUAAUGGAGGCUGACGUUAGCAGGGAUGAAAUGCAGGCACCUGUCCUGGAUACGGAGGACGCGUGGCUCGCCGUCGAAGGACCGAUCUCGAUCGUGGAGCUGGCCUUCGAGCAGAAACACAUCCACUACCCGCUGGUGGAGCACCAUUCCGUCCUGUGCUCCAUCCUCUUCGCCAUUAUGAGGUUUUCUCUGAAAACCGUGAAGCCACUUUCACUCUUUGAUAGUAAGGGGAAGAAUGCAUUUUUCAAAGACCUAACUUCAAUUCAGUUAUUACCUAGUGGGGAAAUGGAUCCAAACUUUAUUUCUGUACGACAACAGNUCUUACUGAAAGUCGUUAGUGCAGCUGUCCAGGCCCAGCAUUCAGUCAUGAAGGACAGAGAGUCCUCCGAAGAGGCACCAACCACUCCUUUUGGGAAAGACCAAGAUUGGCCAGUUCUGGCCGUGGAUUUGGCUCAUCACCUUCAAGUUAGUGAAGAUGUUGUUCGAAGGCAUUAUGUGGGGGAACUCUACAACUAUGGAGUUGACCACUUAGGAGAAGAGGCCAUCCUCCAGGUUCAGGACAAAGAGGUCCUCGCCUCUCAGCUGCUGGUGUUAACAGGGCAGAGACUGGCGCACGCGCUUCUCCGCACCCAGACGAAAGAAGGCAUGGAGCUGCUGGCCCGACUCCCACCCACGCUCUGUACCUGGCUGAAAGCGAUGAACCCCCAGGAUCUUCAAAACACAGAAGUGCCAAUCGCAACAACAGCUAAACUAGUACAUAAAGUAAUCGAGCUGCUACCGGAAAACCACGGGCAGUACGGUUUAGCCUUACACCUCAUUGAAGCUGUGGAAGCCAUAUCGAGUCCUUCUUUAUGA